AGUUACUCCACCUACAGUCAAACUCCAGUGUUUAUCUUUGUUUUGGGCAUGAUUCCUCCCCUUUCCCUCCCUCCUGUGUCCUGCACCCACUGAACUCUGAACUCCUUCUUGGUCCCUGUGUUUUCCUGUCUCUCUACACAGAAUCUGCUGUUGGCUGUGUUCUCCAUGGAGCUCUGUUCCUAGCUGUUCUCUGACAAAGGGCUUGUUCUGUGUACCACAGUUCUGGUCCUCUUUGUUCAGCCUCUGGCUUCAACCACUGAAUCGCAAAUAUUCUCCAGCUGGGAAUCAGACAAGGACAGACAUGAACCCAGAAGCCCAACAGGAUGUUUCAGUUUCCCAGGGAAUUCGCAUGAUGUUUUACAUGGUGAAGCCCAAUGAAACGUCAUUCCAAACCCUGGAAGAGGUGCCUGAUUAUGUAAAGCAGGCAACUCCAUUUUUCAUUUCCUUAAUGCUUCUUGAACUGGCCGUCAGCUGGAUUCUCAAAGGGAAGCCAUCAGGUCGUUUGGAUGAUGCAUUAACAUCAAUAUCAGCCGGCAUUUUUUCUCGGCUUCCAAGCUUGUUUUCUAGGAGCAUCGAACUGACCACUUACAUUUAUAUCUGGGAGAACUAUAGGCUCAUCAGUUUGCCUUGGCAUUCUCCAUGGACUUGGUAUUUAACUUUCUUAGGAGUUGAUUUUGGCUACUACUGGUUCCAUCGCAUGGCCCAUGAGGUUAAUAUCAUGUGGGCUGGACACCAAACCCACCACAGUUCUGAAGACUAUAACUUAUCCACAGCACUGAGACAAUCUGUUUUGCAAAUAUAUACUUCUUGGAUAUUCUACUCUCCCCUGGCCCUCUUCAUACCACCUUCAGUAUAUGCUGUUCAUCUUCAGUUCAAUCUUCUCUACCAAUUUUGGAUCCACACAGAGGUCAUCGAUAACCUCGGUCCUUUGGAACUGAUUAUUAAUACUCCUAGCCAUCAUAGGGUUCAUCAUGGCAGAAACCGUUAUUGCAUAGACAAAAACUACGCCGGCGUUCUUAUUAUAUGGGAUAGAAUUUUUGGGACAUUCGAGGCAGAAAAUGAGAAAGUUGUAUAUGGUCUAACACAUCCCAUUAAUACAUUUGAACCAUUCAAGGUGCAGUUCCACCAUUUAGUUUACAUAUGGACUACAUUUUGGGCCACACGUGGAUUCUUCAACAAGUUUUCUGUCAUAUUUAAAGGACCAGGAUGGGGUCCAGGUAAACCAAGACUUGGACUGAGUGAAGAAAUCCCAGAGGUCACGGGAGAAGAAGUACCCUUCUCAUCGCCGGUGUCUCAUCUAUUAAGGAUCUAUGCAGUUGUACAGUUUGCUUUGAUGCUAGCAUUUUAUGAAGAGACCUUUGCAGAUAAAGCUGCACUGUCACAGGUCACAAUCCUUCUGAGGGUUUGCUUCAUUAUCCUGACAUUAACCUCCAUUGGAUUUCUUCUGGAUCAAAGACCUAAGGCGGCUGUUCUGGAAACUUUCCGUUGCUUGGUAUUCCUAAUGUUGUGUAAAUUAGGUCAUCUGAAGCCUUUCAUUCCCUCUUUGUCAUUUGGUUUUGAGUACUUGUGGGAAAUUUAA